GAGCCUUAGGAGGGAGAGAGAUCCUCCUCUCUCUUCGGGCGUGUUAAGACGGCGGGGUUGGCCUGUACUUCCUCUGGCCCUGGCUGAAGAGGGCUGGUGAAACCUAGGCGAUCAUGGCCUUGAGACCUGAGGACCCCAGUAGUGGGUUCCGGCAUAGCAACGUAGUGGCCUUCAUCAACGAGAAAAUGGCCAGGCACACGAAAGGCCCUGAUUUCUAUCUUGAGAAUAUAUCCUUAUCCUGGGAGGAGGUGGAGGACAAGCUGAGGGCCAUACUGGAGGACAGCGAGGUGCCCAGUGAGGUCAAAGAGGCCUGCACCUGGGGCAGCCUGGCCUUGGGCGUGCGCUUUGCCCGCAGGCAGGCACAGCUACAAAGGCGCAGGGUGCAGUGGCUGCACGGUUUCGCCGAACUGCACAAAUCAGCCACACAGGCCUUGGCGUCAGACAUGAAGGAGCUCAGGGAGCAGCAGGAGACGGAACGCAAGGAGGCAGCCUCCCGGCUAAUGGCCCAGACCAGCCUCGUGGAGGUGCAGAAAGAGCGAGACAAGGAGCUGGUGUCUCCCCAUGAGUGGGAGCAGGGGGCAGGGUGGCCAGGCCUGGCCACUGCCGGAGGGGUUUGCACAGAAGGAGCAGGUGAGGAGGAAGAAGAGGCGGCGGUGGCUGCUGCUGGUGCCGCUGGAGGAAAAGGAGAAGAAGAAGAGCAGAGGGAUGUGGACGUUGUGGCUGCCCCUGUGGAGGCCGGGGCUGCCUCCAUGGAGACCACAGAGGAUCCUGAGAGAAUCCUCCUGCAGCUCCUCAGAGAUGCUGAUCAGGAAAAUUACACCUACUGGGGGCAGAAGGAGGGAGAUCUCAGGUCGGUCAAAACAGCCACAUCUUAUUUCUCUGGAACCACGAACCCCUGGUCCAGAGCCUCACUGGAACUUCUUCCUGUCCAGCUCCCUGCCUCAUUCACAUACUCAUACUCAAGCUCUCGUUCCUCCCUCUCAGGCAUACCCACUAUAUCCCCUCCACAAGCAACAGUCACAGCACCAGUUCUGCCUCGGCUGCCUUCCAAGUGGGAGGCCUUUGAUACUAGCCUAUGGUCUAAUGGGGGGCCCCACAGAAUAGACCCUCAGGAGCACCCAAGAGACAGGAGAUACUCCGAACCUCAUCAGCAAAGAAGACCUCCAGUGUAUCGCAGGCCAGGGGACUGGGACUGCCCUUGGUGUAACGCUGUGAAUUUUUCACGGAGGGAUACUUGCUUCGACUGUGGGAGGGGAAUCUGGCUGCAAAAUCCUCAUUGAGUGCAGAAAUGCAAAAUAGAACCGAA